CCAGUGGAGAGCAAGAGGAGGGCUAAGUCAGUCACCUGCCUCCCAAAGACAGAGUGAGGGUGGGAGAGGGCCCUUGUGGCGGAUGGGGCCCAGCCAGGAAGGGCGGGAGGGCCCUAAGAGGGCCCAGGUGACCAGCCUCCAGGUGAUUUCCUGGCAGUUCAGGACCACGAAGCCUAAUCCACCCAGCUGGGAUCAUGUCUGGACGCCCGGUGGGCCAUUCCAGCACUUACAGCUGCUUGAACCAUCCCAACAACGUGUCCUUUCCAGCCCGGAAUCCAAGCUGGUCCCACUACCCUAAUGUGACCGGGGCCACGUCCCUCAAGCGCCCCCGCACGCCGAGCGGCUCGGAAGUCAGCAGCUGCAGCAACCCUUCGGAGCAGUCCGACAACCCCAGAUCCCCUAGACUUCCGGUGAGGAGAAUCUGCAUGGGCCAGCCCUACAACUCCAAGUGUGUAGAGACGAGCCACCUGGCCACUGGCUGCAAGGUGGCCAGAAAGCUCGCUUGCUGUGGUGGCCCCCACUGCCUGCUCUGCACAGAUCGUCCAGCGAGGCCCUCUAGCCCCACUUUCCUGGACCACCUCAUCAAAGGCAUCAACUACCUCGACAGAUCCACCAAUGCCUUCUACACCAACUGCACCAAGUCGUCUCUGAGCCUGCCGAGGCUCGCCGCCAACUACCUGCAACACGCUGCCAACUCCAUCCGCCCGGACCCUGAAGACCACUCCUGCCCCCGCAGUUACUCCCACCCCUACACCAGCAUGGCCACCUCUGACAAGUCCUGCACCAGCACGUGCUUGGUGCCGUCCGCUGGGGAUGUCAAUGCUUUGCAGUGUGUGGAUGACUCUGUCAACACGAGUUGCCCACGCCGGCUAUAUAGCCGGAAAAUCACUCCCAUGCUGUCACAGAGGCCAGGGAUAAAGUUGCCAGAACUCCCUUUGUUUGGCAACGGGAUCUUUUCCUUAGGUCGUCUGCCUAAGUUCUGGGAAGCAAUCCGCUCGGGCUGGAGCGCCCCUGAGCCCAUCUCCAAACCCUGUAGCUGGUGGUGACAUCGACACCAACUGUGAAAUGGGCAUGUGUCCAUCAGGCUGCAGUUUUGGAAAAUAAAUUGUCGCUGGCAAAAUGCUCCUUCCAAGGCCCCAUUGAGGGGAAACGACCGUUUAGAUUGGGGAUUAUAAACUUGAGGAUAUAUGGGGUCGGGCAGACAAAAGUUAAUGGGUGAAUCGGGCUGGGUGAGAGUAGGGAGUGGUGGAGACUGUGGCUGAGUGGAGAGGUCGAUACCCAGCUCUCAGAUGGAUUGUUGCCUUUUCAAGAGAAGCCAGGAAUCUGAUUUUUGUAUGUCAGUAACAAAUUAAAAAAUGUCAUGGUGCUCUGUGGGUU